AGGAAUCAAGUCUAUUAUAAACCUACAGUCCCCAAGAGAACAUGCCAGUUGCGGUCAACCUCUGGAGGCGUCUGGAUUUUCAUACGAUCCCAGUAUUUUCAUGGAACAAAAUAUAUAUUAUUACAAUUUUACAUGGAAAGACUAUGGAGACGCUACAUUAUCCGGUCUAUUAAACAUGGUGAAAGUUUUGACGUUUGCAUUGACUGAGGGGCGGGUGGCAAUUCACUGUCAUGCAGGACUGGGCAGAACAGGAGUUCUUAUAGCCUGUUACUUGGUAUAUUCCUUAAGGGUAUCAGCAAAUGACGCUAUACGAUAUGUAAGACUUAAACGACCUGGUUCAGUUCAAACUAGAGGUCAAAUUAUAUGUGUAAGGCAUUUUGCCCACUUUAUUCUUCCUAAAACUAUAACAUAUUUUAUAAAAGAUCUUGUAGGUAAGGACAAGCAUAUGAAUGAAUUUACGCUCCAUAGAUUUUUAAGAAGACAAAAAAUAGUCUUACAUGGAUAUGAUGAACGAAAUUUUAAAUUUAUUCCAAAGAUUAUCCAUUGCUUAUGUGAAAGAAUAUUGAAAUUAUGUGCUUGUUGGGUUGAUGAGUUUCCUCCGUCGAAUAUACCAUACACGGUGGACUUUUUAUCAGCCAAAAUUCAUGGGAAUUUAAAUAGGCACGCAAGUUCUUACAGUAUAAGUAGUAUAUCGAGUUCAAACUCUGAUCAAAUAUUCCUUAACAGUGACUUAGUCCAGUCACCAACUGAUGACAUAUCAUCCCCUUCCAGUCCCAACCCUUCGGAGAUGGGAGACGUAACUGAUUCUUUUUCAGAGCUUAGCACGUUAGAUGGCGAUGAAAUGAGUGAAGAGCUUUUAUUAGAAAAUAGGUGUUUUCAAGAAUUGGAAACACAAAAAUCUUUUGCUCAGGAGCAAGGUGACGAAGACACGGUGAUACAAGACAUUAGCCUUGUUGUAAAUGCCUUAAUUUGUGACCCUGACUCAUUAACCGGUGUUACGAAGAAGAAAAUUAAAGAGUACCAACAUCAAAUUAAUUCGUCGCAGAUAGGUUGGGCUAGACUAAGGGUCGAAACGGAUAUCAGUAUAUUAGGUGUUUUACUUUUUGACUGGAUAGAAAGUUUAAAAGUUCCCAUAAUCAAAAUGGAGGAUUUUGAAAAUAUUGUGGUGCAUUAUAAAGAGCCCGAACUGUGCAUUCAGAAACUGUCUAUGGUAAGAGUUUAA